AAACCCGGCGCCCGGAAGCUUUUGCUUUCUUUGACGCAAGGGCUUGGGACGCAGCCGCCGUCGACCGAGCGCCCAGCAAGAAGCGACCCCAGACGAAGCCUUCGGAGUCCUGCCGCCUUCACCUCACCCGGUACCGGAGUCUCGGUCCUCCUCGCCGCUCUCCUGUGGCUAUGGAGUGUCCGCACCUCAGCUCCAGCGUCUGCAUCGCUCCGGACUCAGCCAAGUUCCCCAACGGCUCCCCGUCGUCCUGGUGCUGCAGCGUGUGCCGGUCCAACAAAAGCCCCUGGGUCUGUUUGACUUGUUCGAGUGUCCACUGUGGAAGGUAUGUGAAUGGCCAUGCAAAAAAACAUUAUGAAGAUGCACAAGUACCCUUAACCAACCAUAAGAAAUCUGAAAAACAAGAUAAAGCUCAGCAUACAGUGUGUAUGGAUUGUAGUAGCUACAGUACAUACUGUUAUCGCUGUGAUGAUUUUGUGGUUAAUGACACCAAGCUGGGACUGGUACAGAAAGUCAGAGAACACUUACAGAACUUGGAAAACUCAGCUUUCACAGCUGACAGGCAUAGGAAAAGAAAACUUUUGGAAAAUUCAUCACUUAACAGCAAGUUAUUAAAAGUAAAUGGAAGCACCACGGCCAUUUGUGCCACAGGCCUUCGGAAUUUGGGGAACACGUGUUUUAUGAAUGCCAUCCUUCAGUCACUCAGUAACAUUGAACAGUUUUGCUGUUAUUUCAAAGAACUGCCCGCCGUGGAGUUAAGGAAUGGGAAGACGGCAGGAAGGCGAACAUACCACACCAGGAGCCAAGGGGAUAACAACGUGUCUUUGGUGGAGGAGUUCAGAAAGACACUCUGCGCUCUAUGGCAAGGCAGCCAAGCUGCCUUUAGCCCAGAGUCCUUAUUUUACGUUGUUUGGAAGAUUAUGCCGAAUUUUAGGGGCUAUCAGCAGCAGGAUGCCCAUGAAUUCAUGCGCUACCUUUUGGACCACCUGCAUUUGGAGCUCCAGGGCGGUUUCAACGGUGUUUCCCGCUCAUCAAUUCUGCAGGAGAAUUCCACUCUGUCUGCAAGUAACAAAUGCUGCAUAAAUGGAGCAUCUACUGUUGUCACAGCUAUAUUCGGAGGCAUUCUCCAAAAUGAAGUUAACUGCCUCAUAUGUGGGACAGAAUCUAGAAAGUUUGAUCCAUUCCUAGAUCUUUCAUUAGAUAUUCCAAGUCAGUUCAGAAAUAAACGCUCUAAGAAUCAAGAAAAUGGACCAGUUUGUUCAUUAAGAGAUUGUCUUCGCAGUUUUACCGACUUAGAAGAACUUGAUGAGACAGAGUUAUAUAUGUGCCACAAAUGCAAAAAGAAGCAAAAGUCCACUAAAAAGUUUUGGAUUCAAAAAUUACCCAAGGUGCUAUGCUUACAUUUGAAAAGAUUUCAUUGGACUGCAUAUUUAAGAAACAAAGUUGACACAUAUGUAGAAUUUCCACUGAGAGGCCUAGACAUGAAAUGCUACUUACUGGAGCCUGAGAACAGCGGCCCCGAGAGCUGCCUGUACGACCUCGCCGCCGUGGUGGUGCACCACGGGUCCGGGGUUGGUUCUGGACAUUACACAGCAUAUGCAAGACAUGAAGGUCGCUGGUUCCAUUUCAACGACAGUACUGUAACACUGACCGAUGAAGACACCGUCGUGAAGGCAAAGGCCUACAUCCUCUUUUACGUGGAGCGUCAGGCCAAAGCGGGAUCGGAUAAACUUUAAUACCUCCUCAAAAUCAUUAUUUGUCAACUAUACCGGACAAACAUUUCCAAUUUUCCGUAAAUACUUGAUCCAAGAUUUAAUUUCAUUGUGCACUUUUCAAUUUCCUAUUUUGGGUUUAGUUUUAUUUUGUCAAUGGUAGUGACUUAUUGAACAUGGGCACCAACUAAUUUUUUUUUUUUUAGUUCUACCAGAAAACCUCAGCAGAUAUUUUGAUUUGCUGCUUUAGUUGUAAUAAUUCAGUUUUUGUAUGUAGUUCCAAGAACUUAGGUCUAUUUGACUUUUUUAUAUUAAUGUUUCAGUUCUCACUUUGAGGCACAUUUACAUCAAUGCUUUGUUACUCUCACAUGCUGAAAGCAAGAUACGUUCCUGAUUGUGAAGAACGGUGUGACUGCCUGCUGCCUUUUCACAGCUGUACUGGGGAUCAGGUUGACUCUGAAUCAAGACACGUGUGUGUGUGUGUGUGGGGAUCAGGUUGACUCUGAAUCAAGACGUGUGUGCGUGCGUGCGUGUGUGUGUGUGUGUGUGUAACAUGCCCCGCGAGAUUUCAGUGACUACUUGGUAAUCAUUCUUCUUGCUUGUCAAAGAUGACUGGGAGGGCAUCCUUCAGGAGACCAGAUAAGAACUGAUGCUCUUGGUAUCUCUCAAGACUGCUGUGUAUCAGCACUAACAAAAUAAAUUUGUUGGUUCAGUGGUAUCUGCGCUACAAAAUCAAAAAUUACUCUGUUGGCUUUUUGGUCUUAAGGUCUUUUUUUUUAAAUGUGUGUUUUCAUGAAGAAGGAGUACAGAAAGUCCAAAUAAGACCAAACACAUUUAGUGUUUAAAAAAUUUUGUGACUCAGCUACAUAGUAUAGUGUUACCCAGUGAGAUGCAACCACAUCUUGUUUGCUUUUUUGCAUCAGCACGGGAUUCCCUCAUUAGCUGUUAACACCGGGGAUAACGGCAUGUCCACUUCAGCCUUAUUCUUGUUUGGCCUUUUGGGGUUGAGAUGCUGACCUCCAGGGUUUAUUUUGACCAUAAUCUACUCUUCAGAUAACACUGUGGGGCCUGCUUCUAUGGAAGGAAGUGAGAGCCAAGUUUUUAAAAACUCAUUGGCCUGUCCUGAUAGGGCAAGUUGGAAAUAGGGCAAGUUGGAAAUAUUCUCACUUUGAAUAAGUAGUUUCUAUUUCUUAGUAAUGUGUUUUAAAAUUGUUUACAAGAAAACUAGGUAAAAGCACUAUUUAGAUUUAACUCAAGUUGAAAUUUGAAAUUAGAAUCCCAUAAUAUUAAAUCACAUACUUUUUCAGAGCAGACCACAAAUGCUAAAGACUUAGGAUUAUUUUUUGAAGAUCUGAUUGGCUUUCAUGAAUUGGGCAGCAUCCCAUCUAGCAAAUAGAAGGGAGCGCCCACCCACUAAACACUUUAACAUGACUAGGAGCAAAAUGAAAUCAUGUCUAAUCUUGUCCUAUCCAGUAUGGUGGUCACUAGCCACAAAUUUAAUUAAAAUUAAGUAAAUUUUAAGAACUCAGUUCUUCAGUCACACUAGCCACAUUUCAAGCACUCAACAGCCACAUGGCAGAGUAACUGAACAGAUCUAAAGCAUUUCCAUCAAUAGUUUUCUUGGACGGUGCUACUAUAAAUUUUCACUCCAGAGAAAAAAACCUUUGCUGUCGUGUUUAGGUCUUACAGCUAGUCUAGACUAGAAUUAAAAGGGGAACAUGUAUUUAAAAUAGCCCCCCCCCCCCAAAAAAAAGUGCUUCACAAUGUUAAAUUACAUUGUGUGAACCAUGUGAAAUUGUCAUAUUUGACCGCUUUUGAUCAACAAAAAUGACAGCCUCACUUAAUUUGACCCAAUAUAUUUGAUACGUUAACACCACUCCUGUGACCUUGCUUUGUGUCACCUGUGAAUCCAGGCUCUUUGCUGUGGAAGGUGCACAGCUGUAAUUUCUAGCAUUUGCACUGAGACCGUGAGUCUCUCUGAACAGGCAGCUGUUACGGCUUCAGCAAGAGAGCCUCGGGCAGCGCUGACGUUGGUGGAGAAAAGCUGUCUUUUUAUACCAGAUGGGAUUUAGUGACAGACUGGACUAUGGUAUUGGGAAAGUGGUCCUCAGACAGGCAACACUCUUGGUUUAAGAGAUCACACAUCUCCUCUUUGAAUUUUUGUAGUAUUUUUGUUGCUUGAUUUUACUUAAGCAGAAAUGUUUGAAUAUCAUGAAGGCUCUUUGGAAAAGUGAUUUGAUCUAUUUGAAUUGUGCACUUGAACACAUGAUGUAAAUGUGCCUAAUUGUAUUUUAAAAAUUUGUGUAGCCUUAUCACACCUGUUGUAAAAGCUGAUCUUUUGUGCUCUUCAGGGCUUUUCCCUUGUGCCAUGCUUUCUCCGGCACAUGAGUAGCUUCUCACUCAGAGCGCCUGUGCUGAGGCAGGGCCUCACGCCGGGUCACGUGGCUCCUAGGACAAGGAAACUUUCUCAGAAGUCCUCCCACACGGGUGGGUGAUAGAAACAGUUUGUGGCAACACAAAUCUCUCUCCAUGGUGGAGAAACCUUUGCUUAUCCACUGUAUUCUACUCAGUGUCUAGUGAUGACAAAUGUAAUAGAAUUAAACCAGUAAAGUAUACUGGCCCUGGUUGAAUGUUAAAUGUGUAUCUCACCUGUGGAACCUACUCAGCAGCUUGGUUUCUGGGGUUGGGGACAUAUUUAUUUCUUAAAGCCAAACCUCUCCUUCACUGGUUUAGUGUACAUAAGUCUACUUAGAUAUACCGACCCCACUUCAACCUCCACCAUCCCCCAAACUCCCUCACGUGUCCUUGGUUGUAGAAGGGGCCUCUUCCCUCGGGCCCUGGAAGAGCUCAGGAGCAAGGUCUGUUCCCGCAGCCAGGGCCUGUCCCAGGGACCUGGGUGCAGCCACAGGACCCCGGCCGCAGCCCAGGAGGAGGUGGGCAGGUGGGGGCGUCGUGCUGUGGUCCAGGGUCUCUGCGUUCCCUCACAGGGUGCAGCACCUUCCCCCUCAGGUCUGAGUGCACCGGACUCCGGACUGCCCUCCGCAAGUGUUGGUUGUGUUGUGAUGUAAUCAUUUGCCAUCAAAACCUAGCUGUGUGAUGAUGAAAGGAUUGUGCAAGUGACCGAUUUCAUUUAAGUUGUAAUCACAUCCCUUUUCUGUCUCACCAACCUGAACUGUUUUACGGGAAGUAUCAUUAAAA